GUCAAUGAGCUAUAUUAAUGUAGCCAGUAAAUACGAUUUGCACAUAUUUUUCGAGAUGCUGCGAUUGAAUCUUGCCUUGUUGUUGGUGUGUGUCUGUGUGGCUGUCUGUCAGGCCAGGGGAUACGGGAAGUGGCGCCCACCGGUCCGACACCACGGGUACGGAAAGCAAUACGGCAUGGGAGGACAUUAUGGUAUGUGGAGUACUCCCUCGUACUAUGACUACGGAUACAGUUAUGGCGGUGUAUCCUCUGGAUAUCCUGUUGGAUAUAACCAGGGUGUAUCCAGCUUUGGCUAUUCCAGCUCUGGAUACAUGCCAUCAGUAGGAUCCAGCUGGUCCAAUGUAGGAUACGCUCCCAGUGGAGGAGUUGGAUUAAGCGGGGCUAUAUCCAGCAUCUCCUAUCCAUCUCGAUCUAGUGGAUAUUACAGCCAGGGAAUGGUUGAUCCCUACAGCCAAGGAUCUGUGGGCGGGAGCUAUAUGUAUUGAUGUACUGGAUAUUUACAAAAAAUCUCAAACUCUGCAUAAUUCUUGACCUUCAAUCAAUGAAAUAUGAACUACCCGGUAUUUCAUUCCACAGAAAAACUUGCAAAAAUAUCAAAAUAAAACAAAGGUUUCUGAUUUUACAGUUUCUUUUAUUUGUUUUUUAAGGUUUCUAUUUACAACUGCAAAGUGUAG